UAUACCUCGUCUGCGCAUGCGUGUCAAUUAUUAGAUCCAGCUGAAGUCACGAUUGGAAACUGCUCCUUUAGUCAUUUUGAUUACUAAUUAUGCUUGAAAUGACACAAAUGGUUUCUUCGAAUCCGCAAAAAAUGAUAAGAAGACACAUCCUUGCGAUAUUUAGCAAAAUGCCAGUCUGUUUGUUCUACAUCAGCAAUACUUCCUAACAGAAAUCGUUGGCUGUUUGUAUUGUGAAAGGAAAAGGCAAUUGGAUUUGCUGACGACCUCACAGUCAUCACAACUUCGCCAGGUUAAGGGAGUCCGUUAGUCAUUCUCCCGCUCAAAGCAGAGUAAAGUGGUUCAUUGUGUAUGAGAGGAAUGGGAUAGGAACAAACAUAUUUAGAGUUCGGAAGCACUGGAGUAGCACUCCCAGUCGUGCACCCGUUGACAGAAGCUUGAUUUGUCAAAAUGAGCAGCAAGAAACGACCAGUGUCAAGAACCAGCAGUAGCAGUGUAACGGAUGCCCUCUUUCCUGGUGUUAAUCUUGAACAAGCGGAAAAGGAUGCCGUGCUCAAGGAAGGUACAAUUGACAAGGAAUCUUCAAGCCUCUUCUAUCCCUGGAGACCUAAAUUUUGCGUCCUCACUCCAGAGAAUCUAACCAUCUUCCGCUGGCAUUCCAAAAAGAAAUCAUCCCAAGAGAGGGUUCGAAAUAUUCUAUAUCGGAUGCCCUUGGAUGAUGUUACAGCAAUCGCCAAUAUAGCCAAAGGGAAGAAACAUAUUCACUUCACAAUGGUGACGAAAGAUGGCACUCUAGAUCUACGCGUUGGUCUGAACAAUCGCGAGUGGCUCACACAGAUUCAAAUGGCCGUUUUGGCGCGGAAAAAUCGACGUGAUUUCGUGAAAGAGUUAAAGACAAGAUCGUCUGUUGUAGCCAAUAAAUUCAAAAGGAAAGCACUAAGACGAAGAUCGUUUACUAAAGAUCCAGAGUACGGAGACGGUAUAGGAAUAACAAUAAAGAAUGAAGGAGAAACGAUCGUUGUUGCUCGGCUUUUCUCUGAUGGCCCAGCGGCGAAGAAAGGAACAUUAAAAAUUGGUGAUGAGAUCAUAGAGGUGAAUGGUCGAGAUGUUCAUGGUCAUCAUGCAGAGAAGGUGGCGUCUAUCAUCAAAUCACAAACAGAUAAAGUUAUUCUAAUGAUCAAAUCUUCAAAUUCGAAGAUAUCAGUUGGAACACAAAGCGAGUAUCGUCACACAAUAUGUGGUGAUGCACUGAAAAGACCAAGACCACUCAGUAUAGUUACAGGAUCAGCAAUAUCCAAUUCUCGAUCCCGACGUCCCCACUCCUAUGCACACAGUAGCUCGUCCGAUGCGACCGGCGAUCCGAGGUCGAUGACGGCCGAUCUUCUGAAGUCAACGAGGGUGGAUGAAGAGGAGAAUGCGUCUGGUUCGGACGGGAUUUUUCGACCUCUAACUCGGGAACGACAUCCGAAGCUAAGCCGAAACAGCAAGAAUCUAUCGCUCCCGCUCUGAAAUAAACAUCGGGAAUAUUACGAAGUUCAAGUCGUU